CUGGACCUGGACUCGACUCAUCAGCUCCAGGCACCUCUCCUCCUCCUCCUCCUCCUCCUCCAUCCCCUCCUCCUCCUCCAUCCCCUCGUAUACCAACGUGGCUAUGGUGCAUGGACUCAGUCGACACGCUUUGAUUUCUUUUUUCCGAGUUGCGAGAAUAUUUGUUUAGGUUAUUUUUAUUUUGUGUGUGCGCGCAAGGAGUUUGAAAAGGAAACCAUUUUGAGAAGGAGAAGAAGAAAAAACCAUGGAAAAAGAGAGAAACCCCUCUCGACAGUACGGCGCCCUGCAAACAACGCAGGUGGACGCAGCCGCGGAGGAACCAGCGGAUGAUGUCGUUUCGAUGGCCGACUCCACGGCCACAGUCGAGGACAUUGAAGGAGAGCUGUUCAGAAUCGAGCGGAUACGAGACAUCCUCGUGCGGAGAGAGUCAGAGCUCAGAUACAUGAUGGAUGACAUCCAGCUCUGCAAGGAAAUCACACGGCUGAAGAAGGAGCUGCAAAAGCUUGUUUCAAUUCCAGACAAAGACAAGUCCAAGGAGGACAGGGCGAGGGAGGAGGAGCUGCUGCUGCAGAUCAACAAGCUGGUGGAGACCAGAGACUUCCUCGUGGACGAUGUGGAGUUUGAACGGCUGAGGGAGAGAGAGGAGGACAGAGAAAUGGCGGCUUUCUUACAGUCCAAAUUUCCCAAGGCAUUGGCUGCAAAAGGCGCCUCGCGAGAGCAAACGGUGGCGGCCAAAUCACGGCGGGCGUCGGAGUCGUUCAUCACCAAGACGGGGCUGACACUGCUGAAGGACUGCUGCGGCUUCACCUGCUGCGUCAUGUAACACGCUGGCCACACAACGCAGGACUGUGCGCGCACCUACACCAACACGUGUGCCCAUGUGAGCCUCACCGGGCACUUUCGUGUGUGCAUUGAAUCCGCGCCCCGUUAAGAAAGAUUAUCAGCGUAAUCCUCAUGUAUGCCAAUAUGCAUAUGAUGUAAGGGACGUGUAUUAUACUAUUAUACCAUUAUAUGUAAUUUGCUCCCGUGAGAUACUGUGUUAAUGCGUCUUGCAGCAGAGAAGCUGACUGGCUAAUGGAUGUGCUGAUGCUUUCUUUCCAAUUCAAUUAAUCAGAUAUCAUUAUUAUUAUUACUGCUGCUCUGACAGUCCAAUUAUCCACUAGUGAUCUGUUGGACGGCGUCGGUGUCGACGUCCAUUAGGGAACAAACUACACUUGCUUAUCUCCCUCUGCCUCUUGCUGUAGUAGCUAAUUAUUACAGUGACGAUAAUAGGGCUCUAACUGCUGAUUGUUUUCAUUAUUCAUGAAUCAGUUCUUUUUUUCUUAAUUUCAUGGUUUGUUUGUUCUGCAAAAUGUGCCCAAAGCUCAUACGUUUGCAAAAUAACCCGCAGCAGAUGAUAACAAUUUGAGUGGCAAGAGAAUGUUUGAUAUAUUUUUGUUUGAUAAUGGCUUCUCUAGUUUCACUUGUUGACAUUUAAUAAUUGACUAAUUUACCACCAUUUAUCAUUCAAGCACGUCAUUAUUUCAGUUUAGACAUGUGGCCUGUCUGGAGUUAGUCAGUCUCGAGAUGUUGCUCAGUUCACUGGAGCCUUAAAAACAGAGAAAACACUGAGCCCAUUGAGGAAGAUGAUCAUUUCAGGACUAAAAUAUGAAUUCAGGUGACCUCAUUCAUCGAGCAUGUUGACAUUUAUCAGAGCUGAACAUAUGUGAGCCUUUGUCUGAGCUGGAUGUGAUUGGACUUCAAGAAAAAUGCCUUACAGCAUUUUCUCAUGCAUGAUUUAUUAAAAACAAAACAAAAAACGAUUAUGUUUCCAUGAUCUAGUAUAUUGUGUGACUAUGACUGUAAACUCUUUGCAAUGCCAUUAUAAUAAAGACGGUUAACGCUC